AAUCCAAUAUGUCUGCGCCCAUGAAGCGGCACGAAAAUGAAGAAAUAGCAAUGAAAUAUUGAAAGAUUUGACCUUAGUUGUUGUAAAAGACUUUGAACCAAGAUGGAAUCGAUCGAGGAAAUAAUGAGAAUGGACAAGGAGAAACUGUCAGCGUCGGUUAAAACAAUAGAGGAGAAAUGGAAGUUGCUGCCAGCUUUUCUAAAAGUGAAAGGUUUGGUUAAACAGCAUAUAGAUUCUUUCAACUAUUUUAUCAAUGUUGAGAUAAAGAAGAUUAUGAAAGCCAAUGAAAAGAUAACAAGUGAUGCUGAUCCUAACUUCUAUCUCAAAUAUUUAAAUAUUUAUGUUGGUAUGCCAGAUGUAGAAGAAGGAUUUAAUAUCACUAAACCAAUUUCACCUCAUGAGUGUCGUCUACGUGAUAUGACUUACUCGGCACCGAUAACUGUAGAUAUUGAAUAUACUCGUGGAAAUCAAAGAAUUAUCAGAAAUAAUUUACCAAUAGGAAGGAUGCCUAUUAUGUUACGUAGCUCCAACUGUGUAUUAUCUGGUAAAAGUCCCGCAGAGAUGGCGAAGCUUAACGAAUGUCCAAUGGAUCCGGGAGGUUAUUUUAUCACACGAGGCACAGAGAAAGUUAUCCUGAUUCAGGAACAGCUGUCUAAAAAUAGAAUGAUUGUUGAUAGAGAUAGUAAAGGUGUUAUAGAAUGUUCCGUUACCAGUUCAACUCACGAGAGAAAGAGUAAAACAUAUGUUACAAUAAAACACACUAAAUAUUAUCUCAAACACAAUAUCUUCUCCGAGAACAUACCAGUAGCAAUAGCGUUUAAAGCCAUGGGCAUCGAAUGCGACCAGGAAAUCGUACAGAUGAUUGGAAGUGAAGAGGAGGUCAUGACCUCUAUAGCACCAUGUUUGGAAGAAUGUCAUAGAGCUCAAGUUUUUACUCAGACACAGGCAUUGAAAUGGAUUGGUAGUAAAAUACGACAGAGAAAUCAAUGGCCGAGUGGUACAAAGUGUAAAAUAGACGAAGCUAGGGAUGUCUUACAUAGUGUUAUAUUGGCUCAUGUACCAGUUGAAGAAUGGAAUUUUAAACUGAAAGCUGUUUAUCUUGCGUUAAUGAUUAGAAGAGUGAUAUUAACACAGGGGGAUAAAGUUAACGUUGAUGAUCGCGAUUACUAUGGUAACAAAAGAUUAGAACUCGCAGGACAACUUCUAUCUCUUUUGUUUGAAGAUCUUUUCAAGAAAUUUAACUCUGAGGUAAUU